CGGCGCGCUUAAUGAUGACGUAAUCACGUCCUCUUGACGAAGACGACGACGUAAACAGACAUGGAGGAGUAUGCCCGAGAGCCCUGCCCCUGGAGGAUAGUGGAUGACUGUGGAGGUGCUUUCACAAUGGGUGCAAUUGGAGGAGGGGUGUUCCAGGCGGUCAAGGGCUUUCGAAAUGCCCCUGCUGGUGUCGGACACCGGCUGAAAGGGAGUGCAAAAGCAGUGAGAGUUAGAGCUCCACAGAUUGGAGGUAGCUUUGCUGUAUGGGGAGGGCUCUUUUCCACAAUCGACUGUGGUUUGGUUCGUCUGAGAGGGAAAGAGGAUCCUUGGAACUCUAUAACCAGUGGUGCGCUGACUGGAGCCAUCCUAGCAGCACGCAGUGGACCUCUAACAAUGAUGGGCUCUGCAAUGAUGGGGGGGAUUUUGCUCGCUCUCAUUGAGGGUUUUGGGAUUCUCCUAACCAGAUACACAGCGCAGCAGUUUCAGAACCCAAUUCCCUUUGCAGACGACCCUAGUCAGUUACCGCCAAAGGAUGGAGAUCAUCAACAUCAGGGGCAAAGGGGGCAGUUUCAGUAGAGAAGGUUCAGGACUGAAGCCAGCUGUGGACAACUGAAAGGAUAAUAGGAAUGCCAGCACAUGAACAGCAUCUACCAGGAUGACCAAGAGGUGGAGAUACUGGUCCCUACUGGAUGCUAAUACAUACCUCAGGGACAAAUUACUGUUUCAGUUAUUUAUGAGUAAAUGUUAAUAAUUUCCUCAUGUUUGCACCACCUGAAAAAUCAAUGUUUUCAAUAUUUAUUAUUAUUUUCUUCAAUGUGUAGUUCUCAAAACCACAUAGUAAGUUAAUUUAGUCAUUAUAGCAACAUGUAUCUAUUAAAAUAAAUAAUUUUCAGCCCAUUUGUAUUCUUGGAGACACUGCUCAAGGAACCAAAUUAGUUUUAUCCAAAAACUGCUUUAUGCUUCCAAAGAUCUUAUACUUGGGUUGAUUAUGUAUUUUAAUGACUGAAAGGCAGAAAGUUAAAAUAAGAAAACUGCACAUCUUUAAAGUUUUGCAUUAGAAAGAUAUUUAUUCGAAUAUUAACAUUAAUAUUUAUUUACCUGUGAGGUGUUAAAGAGGACAUUUGAGUUUAUUUUUGUAGAAACUCAGCAAAACUUUUUUUUUUUUUUAGUUUUUGUUGAUUAUAAGUGUUUGUCUAGUCUGUUGUCUGUGCACCAUUUGUCACUUUAAUUGCCGCAUAAAGCAACAAAGCACUUUUUAAAAACCUGAAAGUCUCUUAUUUCCUGAAAUUAGCACCAUCCACAAAAAAAUUCUAUCAAAUCGAUCUGGUUACAAACUGUCAGCAAAUAUUUAUCGUAAUAAACGUACUGUGAACAAUGUUCCUACAAAUAAUAAAGCUUCAGAUAAUCUUUAAAAA